CCUAAAAUGAUCCGCUGUAAACAGCAGGUGAAGGACGACUGUGAAGAGCUGCUGGCGCGCUUUCAGAAGACUGAGUCUGUACGGUUCGAGGUCUUCGCGAAAAUAUGGAGGGAGAUGAAGUUUUAUGAAAUAUUCUACGGCACAACGGAAAGGGUUGAGGGUAAGGCCUUCAGCCGGCACAUCUUCACCAUGGUCUGCGAGUACCUCCUGUCCCCCUACACCUUCCAGAUCCGCAUGGGGGCUCUGUACCUCCUCUACGCUCUGUACAACGAACAGCUGUUAAGGCCCAAAGUGCAGAUCCAGCUCGCUCUGAAGGACUGGGAGGAGGUGAAGAAGUUCGAGAAGGAGGCUGCGGCGGCCCAGCACUUCGACGGCGUCUACGUUCUGAAGAAGCUGUUAUCCCAGCAUGCCUUCUGGUUCGCAGCCACGCCCCACCCGUUGACGUACAAACUGACCCGGAAGGUGGAGAAGCAGGUUGUGGUUGAGGACUUCAUAGAGCGAACGUCCCGUCCCCAGGAACUGAUCAACAGUGAGCUGCUGGAGGAGCUGUCCAAUGUGCAUGAGCACUAUGAGCGAUACCGCCUGUCCCUGGACCAGGUGGACGGACACCUGGUCAACCGAGACCUCGUCCCACAGCUCGGCCAGGCCGUGGCGGACUUCAGCAACUGGCAGGGAAAGAUGGAGACUCCAGUCAAGGAAGAGGAAGACUCUGGUGAAGGGACGUCCCAGAAGGAGAGUUCCAGCAGAGCUCUGCUCCUCGCAUCGAUCAAGUCCCGCUCAUUCGGCCAGGCAGUAGAGGCCUCUAAGUGGCGACGGCAUCGGAAGGUGGAGAUGGACGUGUCCAGUAACAUUAAGGAGAGAGCGCCAAGGAAACCCACUCUAAAGUCCAAGGCCGCCACCAUCGUCAUCCAAAGUGAUAUAAAGAAGGAAACGGCCAAGCACACUACACUCUGUCGACUCACCACCCCCGCAGACAAGCCUGACGAGGUUUCCCGGAAGAAGAUUGAAUUCAAGUGGUGAAGGAGAGGACGGCGGGCCGGUUCUAAGUUCUACUGGCUGAUACAUUCAGUGUGACAUGGGCUCUCAUGUUCUGAAGAGACUUCUAAACCAUGUGUUUUACCAUGGAUGUUUUUUUAAAGCUCGGAAGAGCGAAUGCAGACAGUUAGUUUGAUAAUUGUCUUCCAGCGAGUCUGUAAGAUAUCGGGUCGAUGACACAAUGUAGAAAAGAUUCCAGCUUGAUUCCAGAUGAUUCCGCCAUGUUGUGUUGAAAUGUUCCCUUCCUGAGGGGUUCCCAUGUUUGUUGUGAACCGUUUGGAAGGCCUCUCCCCCGACAGCUGCUGGUCGCUUCUGUUUACGCCGUCCGCCUCUCCUGAACCCCCAGCGACGCCGUUCCAACGGCUGUUUAAGAUCAGCGGGUUUCUUUUAGGACACUGAAACUACUGUACAUAUAUUCUAGUUUUAUGCAAACGAUGUUCUUAAUUGCACUGUACCUUUUUAUAUUUUUAUUUUAUUUUUUGCCUCGGUAAGGAGAGCUUGGGAUACAAAAAUGUUAUGUCUUAACUUUCUUCACUUUUAUGUUCUCUAUCUCCUGCUGCCAUCUGGCUUAUUUCGGCCUUUCAUUUGUUAUGAACAUGAAUGAAUAAAAACUUUUCGACAAUUUC